CUCACCAGCAGCAUCAGGGAUCUAGUAACAACUAAAUUAUUUUUAUACUAUUAUAUUCAAUACUGUAUCUGUAUCAAUAUUGAAAGAUGGGUGCCUACAAAUAUUUAGAAGAACUCUCCAGAAAGAAACAAUCUGAUGUUUCCAGAUUUUUACAAAGAGUCAGAGUAUGGGAAUAUCGUCAAAAGAAUGUUAUUCACCGUGCUACUCGUCCUUCUCGUCCAGACAAAGCUAGAAGAUUAGGCUACAAAAAUAAACAAGGUUUUGUUAUCUACAGAAUUCGUGUUAGAAGAGGUAACAGAAAGAGACCAGUUCCAAAAGGUGCUACUUACGGUAAACCAACUAACCAAGGUGUUUCUCAAUUGAAAUACCAAAGAUCAUUACGUGCUACUGCUGAAGAAAGAGUCGGCCGUAGAGCUUCCAAUUUAAGAGUCUUGAACUCCUACUGGAUCAAUCAAGAUUCUACCUACAAAUAUUUCGAAAUUAUUUUAGUUGAUCCUUCUCACAAAGCCAUUAGAAGAGAUGCCAGAUACAACUGGAUCGUCAACCCAGUCCACAAACAUCGUGAAGCCAGAGGUUUAACCUCCACCGGUAAAAAAUCAAGAGGUAUCAAUAAAGGUCACAAAUUCAACAACACCAAAGCUGGUCGUCGUCACACCUGGAAAAAACACAACACUUUAUCUUUAUGGAGAUACAGAUCCUAAGUUUCUUGAAGGAUUUUUAUUUUUUAAGAAAUACUCAUUUUUCAAAUUUAUUAACACUUAUUUGUUGAAUAUUUAAUAUAAUUACGUAUUUUAAUCUAUAUUAAAAUGGGUC